AUGCCAGACCUAUUUUCAACUGACGAGGCACCAAUGUCUCAGGACAUUCGAGCCCAUUAUGUGCGCACGCAAGAAUACACAUCGACACCAAAGUAUCCGCCCGGGUCCGCAAUUGGCUCCGCACUGGGAUACUUUGGCCAUGAGAACUAUGAAGAUGACAAUGAUACUGUCGUCGUUGACAACAAGAUCUUGAACUCUGCCACACAUCAGUUUUCCGAGGGUGACUUUGUUUGCCCUGGCUUCUUCAGUCUUACAAAUCUCGAUGGCUUUACGCGUCGCUUUAAAUGCAACCAAUGGUCUUACGAAAUGCGCCGCCAAGCACAGCCGAUCUUUCCAUUCCUAUCCUUGGGCCCGUCAUCCUGCCUCAGAGACCGCGAAUUUCUCCGUUCUCAGGGGUUCACUCUUCUCCUAGCAAUCCGUAGCAGCCAGUCUGCUCAAGCACCUGAUUUCCGCUUUCCCCACGCCAUUCGUCGUAUCAAUGAUCACCUAGCGGGGGUGGAUGUUGAUACCUCUGGCGAAAUGGAAGCAUUUCAGACUGGCCAAGCACCCAUGAAGAGAAAGGUCCUAGUCUUUUGUGAAUCCGGCAAUGAGCGAUCUGCCGCGGUAGUCAUCGCCUAUAUGAUGGCGAUGCUCAAUAUGGAUCCAGGACAGGCCCUCCACUUGACUCAACAGCACCGCUUUUGUGUCUCGAUCGAGGAUCCACUGAAGCGCAUUCUCUUUUCAUUUGAGUCUAUCCUGUCGGCGAAGCGUGACGUCGAGCGUGUCAGGCGCUCGAACAUGCAGACUGGAGCUACAACCCUUGCUCCUCCACCAGUGCCCCCUGUUCUGCUCUCCAAAAAACGUAGUUUCGCGGACCAUUAUCAUGAAGAUACCGAUAUGGCCGACGGUGACAUGGAAGUCGACGGGGACAGGGACUUCUUCUCUGAGCGAAGACCCGUUGCCCCCUUUCAGGACCGCGUGGUCUAG